AUGGAACUUCUAAUUAUUAUCAUGGAACGACCUAUCUUUACCAUGGAACGACCUAUUAUUACCACGGAACGACCUAUUAUUACCACGGAACGACCUACUAUUACCAUGGAACGACCUAUUAUUACCACGGAACGACCUAUUAUUACCAUGGAACGACCUACUAUUACCACGGAACGAUCUAUUAUUACCAUGGAACGACCUACUAUUACCACGGAACGACCUAUUAUUACCAUGGAACGACCUACUAUUACCAUGGAACGACCUAUUAUUACCACGGAACGACCUAUUAUUACCAUGGAACGACCUACUAUUACCACGGAACGAUCUAUUAUUACAAUGGAACGACCUACUAUUACCACGGAACGACCUAUUAUUACCAUGGAACGACCUACUAUUACCAUGGAACGACCUAUUAUUACCAUGGAACGACCUACUAUUACCAUGGAACGACCUAUUAUUACCACGGAACGACCUAUUAUUACCAUGGAACGACCUAUUAUUACCAUGGAACGACCUACUAUUACCAUGGAACGACCUAUUAUUACCACGGAACGACCUACUAUUACCAUGGAACGACCUACUAUUACCACGGAACGAUCUAUUAUUACAAUGGAACGACCUACUAUUACCACGGAACGACCUAUUAUUACCAUGGAACGACCUACUAUUACCAUGGAACGACCUAUUAUUACCAUGGAACGACCUACUAUUACCAUGGAACGACCUAUUAUUACCACGGAACGACCUAUUAUUACCACGGAACGACCUACUAUUACCACGGAACGACCUAUUAUUACCAUGGAACGACCUACUAUUACCAUGGAACGACCUAUUAUUACCACGGAACGACCUAUUAUUACCAUGGAACGACCUACUAUUACCACGGAACGACCUACUAUUACCAUGGAACGACCUAUUAUUACCAUGGAACGGCCUAUUAUUACCAUGCAACGACCUAUUAUUACCAUGGAACGACCUACUAUUACCAUGAAACGACCUAUUAUUACCAUGGAACGACCUAUCAUUACCAUGCAACGACCUAUUAUUACCGUGGAACGACCUACUAUUACCAUGAAACGACCUAUCAUUACCACGGAACGACCUACUAUUACCAUGGAACGACCUAUUAUUACCAUGGAACGACCUACUAUUACCAUGGAACGACCUACUAUUACCAUGGAACGACCUAUCAUUACCAUGGAACGACCUACUAUUACCAUGGAACGACCUACCAUUACCAUGGAACGACCUAUCAUUACCAUGGAACGACCUACUAUUACCAUGGAACGACCUAUUAUUACCAUGGAACGACCUACCAUUACCAUGGAACGACCUAUCAUUACCAUGGAACGACCUACGUUUACCAUGGAACGACCUAUUAUUACCAUGGAACGACCUAACAUUACCAUGGAACGACCUAUCAUUACCAUGGAACUACCUAUUCUUACCAUGGAACGACCUAUUAUUACCAUGGAACGACCUGCUAUUACCAUGGAACGACCUGCGUUUACCAUGGAACGACCUAUUAUUACCAUGGAACGACCUACUAUUACCAUGGAACGACCUAUUAUUACCACGGAACGACCUAUUAUUACCAUGGAACGACCUAUUAUUACCAUGGAACGACCUACUAUUACCAUGGAACGACCUAUUAUUACCACGGAACGACCUACUAUUACCAUGGAACGACCUACUAUUACCACGGAACGAUCUAUUAUUACAAUGGAACGACCUACUAUUACCACGGAACGACCUAUUAUUACCAUGGAACGACCUACUAUUACCAUGGAACGACCUAUUAUUACCAUGGAACGACCUACUAUUACCAUGGAACGACCUAUUAUUACCACGGAACGACCUAUUAUUACCACGGAACGACCUACUAUUACCACGGAACGACCUAUUAUUACCAUGGAACGACCUACUAUUACCAUGGAACGACCUAUUAUUACCACGGAACGACCUAUUAUUACCAUGGAACGACCUACUAUUACCACGGAACGACCUACUAUUACCAUGGAACGACCUAUUAUUACCAUGGAACGGCCUAUUAUUACCAUGCAACGACCUAUUAUUACCAUGGAACGACCUACUAUUACCAUGAAACGACCUAUUAUUACCAUGGAACGACCUAUCAUUACCAUGCAACGACCUAUUAUUACCGUGGAACGACCUACUAUUACCAUGAAACGACCUAUCAUUACCACGGAACGACCUACUAUUACCAUGGAACGACCUAUUAUUACCAUGGAACGACCUACUAUUACCAUGGAACGACCUACUAUUACCAUGGAACGACCUAUCAUUACCAUGGAACGACCUACUAUUACCAUGGAACGACCUACCAUUACCAUGGAACGACCUAUCAUUACCAUGGAACGACCUACUAUUACCAUGGAACGACCUAUUAUUACCAUGGAACGACCUACCAUUACCAUGGAACGACCUAUCAUUACCAUGGAACGACCUACGUUUACCAUGGAACGACCUAUUAUUACCAUGGAACGACCUAACAUUACCAUGGAACGACCUAUCAUUACCAUUGAACUACCUAUUCUUACCAUGGAACGACCUAUUAUUACCAUGGAACGACCUACUAUUACCAUGGAACGACCUGCGUUUACCAUGGAACGACCUAUCAUUACCAUGGAACGACCUACUAUUACCAUGGAACGACCUACUAUUACCAUGGAACGACCUAUUAUUACCAUGAAAUGCAUUAUUAUAUUCAUGAAACGCCUUAUUAUCAACAUGACACGCAUUAUCAGUACCAUGGAACGCAUUAAUUUGCCCUUUUUGUAUUUUCACCGCAGUCUUAUUUGGUGA